GUGAGAGAGGAAGCUAUUACUUUGAAAGAUAAUAUGCAGGGAAUGUUGAUAAAGGAAGAGAUCGAAAUUACGAAUUGCAGCAAAGAGCGACACGCCGUUCUCGAGGAAUACAGGGAGCGCGUGUUAGAGCGAAAGACGGAACUGGAGCGUUUGGAGAAGAUGAUAUUCCAUUCGCGUCCACGGGAUGAUUUCGACUCGCGUGGGAAAAGCUACGGUGCGCAAGGUACGGAGGAGACGAGCAAGGACGAAGUGACACGGUUGGAAGAGACGUUCGCCAAACUUCGCAGCGCGACCGGAGUGUCCAGGACCGAGGACGUUCUGAACCGGUUUCUGGGUCAGCGGGCGACCAAGGAUAAUCUGCAGAAAAUGCGGGUGGCCACGGAGCAAGAGAAAAUGAAGUUAGAAAAGCAAAGGCAACGGCUCGUGAACGAGAUGGAAACGAGAAAAUUCUCCGAGACGAGGAACGCGGAACAAAACGCGGAAGAGAUGGAAAAACUGAAUUGUCAGAUCGGCGAGCAACGAUCGCGCCAAUUAAAGGCAGAUACCGAGAAACGAAGAGUGGAAGAUCUGCUGCAAGAAAUAACUAUGACGUUAUGGAAUGUGUGCAACAAAUUUCGAGAUAUAAUCGAUACAUUGCCUGAAGAAUCAAAGAAAAUUGAAAAUCCUUUGCAACUUAUAAAUUUAAUAAAUGAAAAAGCAACGAGUAUUAUUGAAUCUUUAGGAGGACCGGAUAAGUAUUUAGAAAUAUUGGAUGAAAUAUCAAUUGAUAAGUUGGAAACAACAUCGAUUACAACUACCUCGGUAGAAGGAAAAGCAACGCGUACGAACGAAGGACCACUUUUUCCACGAUUUCCAUCCUCAACAACUCCGGCGACAUUGCUUUCCGAAGAUGAAGAAGAUAUACCAACUAGAAAUAAUCUUAAAAAACAGGCACAACAAUUGGUCGAUAUUAAAAGUCGUCGAAAAGGAUUUACAUUUAAAAGAUAAAUUUUCUUACAAAAAAUUAAUCUCAUUUUAUACAAAUAAUAUAAUUUCCUUCAUACAUAUACAUAUAUAUUAGAUCCGAAAAAACUAUUCAAACUGUAUAAUAUAUUACUAAGCAUUUAGAAUGAGUAAACAUAUCAACUAGUAAGCAUGUAAGCAUCUAAGUUUUAUUUGCUGAUAAAGUAAAUUAUUGCAUUGCUGAGACAUCUACUGCAUACUUUAGAUUAGGAAUUGUAUACAACCUCGUUUGUGGUCACGCGCCGAAAGCAAGUAUAGACAAAUAGAACAAAUAGUGAACAAAGUGAAAAAAAGAUAGGGUUAAAGUAAAAAUUGAGGAAUCAACGCCAUCUCUGGAGUAUCGCAAACGAAACAAAUAUAGAUAAAGAAAAAAAAUAAGUAAAAGAAAGAUAGAAAUAAUUUGAGAAUUGAUUAUCAGCACCAUCUUUUGAGUAAAAAAAAUAUUUCAAAAUAGGAUAAAGUAGAGUAAAAAAUAAAAAUCAUUCAAAAGAUGCCGCUAAUCCUCAAUUUUUAUUUCAUUUUAUUAGAAACAUUUUUCUAAAAACAUAAGAAAUAAAAAUGUAUUGAUAUAUAUACAAUAAAAAUUUGUUUUGUAUCUUUU